AUGGACCAAGAUGACCGUACGGCGGAUGGUCAGAGCCAAUGGAUGAAGACAAUGGUGCAUGGCCUAAGCUUACGACCACACGGGAGCAAACGAAAUGAGGCUCACUCUACAGCACAAGUCAUCGCAAUUGAAAACUCACCUGGGUUUCUUGUACAUGGAAAGCGCGGUGUCGCGAUCACGUGCGGUUUCACUGUUCGCAUCCAACGGGACGCCGCGGACAGCAGUUUUUCCUUGAGCCUUGUCAUUACAGCCUUUUUUGAGUUGGAGCGUGGCUCAUCCGAAAUAGCUUGGGGCCCGCGACGACCGGAAGCUAGACAGCAGGAAUGGAGCAGCUCUCCGGAUCUUAAGCCCUAA